CUUGAAUCAAGUUCCAAAACUCACCACUCAUUCAAUAACAUACACUUGAAGGAGAACAUAUGGCAGAAACAUUUCUGUUUCAAGUUGCAGGACAAAUUUUAGGCAAGCUAGCCACUCUUUCUGUGACUGGUACUAGUCUUCUAUGGGGCAUGGAGAAAGAGCUCAGCAGGCUGGAAAUCACUUUAUCAGCAAUCAAGCAGUACUUUUAGAUGCUGAUGAACAAGCAGCUAGGAGCCAGCAAGUGAAAGAUUGGUUAGAAAAGCUUCAUGAACUUCUUUAUGAUGCAGAGGAUGUGCUAGAUGAUUUUGCAACAGAGGCUCUGCGACAGGAAAUGAGUAGCCGUGAUAAAAAGCAUAAAAUGGUUGGUAAAUUCUUUUCGAGAUCGAACACUAUUGUGUUUCGUGUUUCCAUGACUCAGAAAAUAAAAAAGCUGAGAGAAAGAAUGGAAAAUAUUGCUGCAGACAGAAAAAACUUUAGUUUCACUGAGAGAUUUUUAGAUGUCAAGGUAACAAACAGAAUGAGGGAACAGACUCAUUCUUUUGUACUUGCCUCGGAUGUCGUAGGGAGAGACCUUGAUAAAGAGCACAUUGUGUCGCUUUUGCUAGCCUCCAACAUGCUUAGAAAUAUAUCUAUGCUUUCUAUAGUUGGACUUGGUGGACUUGGGAAGACAACUCUAGCAAAGCUUGUUUACAAUGAUCAAAGGAUAGUUGAGAAUUUUGAGAAAAGAAUCUGGGUGUAUAUACCCGAAGAGUUUGAUCUCAAGAUGUUGACAGAGAGAAUCAUAAGGGCUGCCACUGGUGCUGAUAAUGCACACUUGGACCUUGAUCAGCUGCAAAUACGUCUUCGUGAUGAGUUGAUGUCUAAGAAGUUCUUGCUUGUCCUGGAUGAUGUCUGGAACGAAGAUCCUAAGAGAUGGCUAGAUUUGAGAGAUUUGUUAACUUGUGGUGCUGAAGGAAGUAGGGUUGUGGUCACUACUCGUAGCAAAGUUGUGGCUUCAAUCAUGGGAACAAGUGCACCUUAUGAGUUAGAGUGUCUGUCAAAUGAUGAAUGUAUGUCAAUAUUUGUAAGAUGUGCGUUCAAAGAAGGACAAGAGAAUGCAAAUCCAGAGCUACUGGAGAUUGGCAAGGCAAUUGUGAAUAAGUGCGGUGGAAUACCUCUGGCAGUGCGAACCUUGGGGAGCUUAUUGUGCACAAAAACUGAAGAACGCGAUUGCCUUUACAUCAAAGAUAAUGACAUCCUGAAUAUUUCACAGAAGGAGAAUGAUAUCCUGCCUAUAUUGAGGUUAAGUUAUGACCAAAUGCGAACAAGCUUGAAACAAUGUUUUUCUUACUGCUCCAUCUUCCCAAAGGAUUAUCAUAUACCCCGAGAGGAGCUGAUUAAUCUAUGGAUUGCACAAGGAUUUGUACAAUCAGAGGAAAGCCGGCUGUUGGAAGAAAUUGGGAAUGAAUAUUUCAAUGAGCUGUUAUCAAGGUCAUUUUUUCAGGAUGUGGAUGAGGCUUUUAACUGUGAAGUAUUAACAUGUAGAAUGCAUGAUCUUGUGCAUGAUCUUGCAAGGUCUGUGGCAGGAACAUUGUUUUCGUAUGUCAACUGCGAUACAAAGUCCAUUUCAAAAAGAGUGCGGCAUCUGUUGUUCUGUGAAGAAAACUUGCGGGAUAAAGAAUUUCCAGGAUUACUUCUCAUCAGGAAGAAGGUUCGUUCAUUUUCUUUCCCCUUCAAAGUUGGACCUAUUAGCCAACCAUUUCUUGACAUACUCAUAAGUACUUUUGAGUGUUUACGCGUACUUGAUUUAGGUGAAUCAGAUUUUGAAACGUUGCCUAAAUCCAUUGGUUACUUGGCACAUUUAAGGUACCUUUCCCUUUAUGGUAACCAUAGGAUCCGAAAAUUGCCCAAUUCCAUCUGUAAUCUGCUAAAUAUGCAGACUCUCUAUCUCUUGGGUUGUGUCCAGCUCCAGAAUUUGCCAAGAGACUUUGGUAAUCUCUGCAGUCUUAGGCAUUUAUAUCUGACCUCAACAAUGAAAUGUUUGCCGAGGAACUGUCUCAAAGGCUUAUGUGCGCUUCAAUCUCUGACCGUCUCAAGAUGUUGUAAUCUGGAAUCAUUGUCCGAAGAAAUAAAAUACCUCACUGCACUCCGGGCACUAUAUAUCAUUCAAUGUCCAGCUCUCGUUUCUCUUCCACAAAAUGUAACUUGUCUGACUUCCCUAGAGAAACUUUGGAUAAUGGACUGUGCAAUGUUUGGGACGUCGACUGCAGAAGCAGUGAAAGGCCCCAAGACGCUUCAGUCUCUUGUUAUACGGGGACUUCCUGAGUUAAGAGAGUUGCCAUGUGAACUUCAACAAGGUACAACUCUGAGAUACAUGCUUAUACAGCAAUGCCCUUCUUUGCUAGCAUUGCCACAGUGGUUGGAGGGUUGUACAUCACUUUUAAAGCUCAAACUUGUGAAUUGUCCUGAUUUGGAAACUUUACCACUAGGGAUUCAUCAACUUACUGCAUUACGCGUUUUAUUUAUCAAAGGAUGCCCUCUUCUGAAUCUAUCCAGAAAAUCAGUGGAGCUUAUGUCUUGGAUAAGCAAUAUUUCUGAGGUUUACAUCAAUCAAGAUACUCAUGUCAGCUACAAUCAAGAUUAUUCUCAUGAUCUAAAGAUUCCUUCUGUUAUAUUACAACGGAAAAAUCCUCGUUUAGGGGACAAUGAGCUUGCACCAUGGGCUUCUUGGCAUGGUUUUGAUCAACCAUGAAUCCAUGAUCUUGGUCAGAAUGGUUACGACAGAUGAUAAUUUACAUCUACAAAACUGAAAAGCGAGUCUAAUAUUUGUUUCUUUAAUUUUUGUGGGUGGUAUUAUACAUCCCUAUUAUGGUCUU